CAUGCAGCCACGUCACUGUCAUGGGAAACCUUUUUAAAUUUCGAAGGCACCUUCCUUGGACUGUACUCCUUACUCUUUCUUCUCUCAAAUGACGGGCCGGAUGUCUAGAUUUUUGAGUUUCAUAUAAUUGUAGUAGACGACUUCCGUCUUCUGAUGUGGGAGGCAAAGACGAAAUUAUAUUUGUGUAAACAAAAUUCAAGAACAUUUUUCGUCAUCAUGUUACGAUUUCAUUAUUUCCCAACAAAUUCUUCGAAAUUUAAGGAAAUUCAAGCGUGACUUGUUCCAAAAGCCCGCAAGACUUCUUGUGUUUUGAUCUCAAUUUCGCGGGAAGUGAGAAGACUUUAAUGUUUUGGUUAGUUAUAUUGUUUGCUUUCAGUGGCGACAAUAUCCACGCGAUCCGUGUGGCUGCAUAGUUUGCAAAUAAGCUUUUUAUUUCCUCUACAAAGAAGAGAGAAGAGUGAUAAACAAGGCAAAGAUGAGCUCUUUCGGUGAUUUCAAUCAGAAAAUAGAUUAUGUAUUAAAGGUUGUUCUAAUAGGGGAUUCGGCAGUAGGCAAGUCGCAGCUACUUUCCAGAUUUGCAAGAAACGAGUUCAAUUUGGAUUCGAAGGCUACCAUUGGAGUGGAGUUUCAGACGAGGACGCUUGUCAUCGAUCACAAGACUGUCAAGGCACAGAUAUGGGAUACUGCUGGACAAGAGAGAUACAGAGCAGUUACAAGUGCUUAUUACCGAGGUGCUGUUGGGGCAAUGUUGGUGUAUGACAUAUCUAAGCGGCAGACAUUUGAUCAUGUGGCUCGUUGGCUUGAGGAGCUUAGAGGCCAUGCUGACAAUAAUAUUGUUAUCAUGCUUGUAGGCAAUAAAUGUGAUCUCAGUAAUUUGCGAGAAGUUCCCACAGAGGAUGCAAAAGAAUUUUCUCAGCGAGAAGGUUUAUUUUUCUUGGAAACUUCAGCACUUGAGUCAAUUAAUGUGGAGACUGCAUUUAUUACUGUUUUGACAGAAAUAUACAGGAUAAUCAGUAAGAAAGCUCUCAUUGCAAAUGAAGAUCAAGCGAGUGGAAAUGCAACAUUAUUAACUGGUACAAAGCUUGUUCUCCCAGAGGCAGAUCAAGAUGUUACCAUCAAGAAGAAAAGUUGUUGUUCUUUAGCAUAACUUUUCUGCAUUUUGAAAUAAUACCUAUUCUAUUAGUCCAAGGCAUUCAUGAUUUGUGUGUAUACUAUGUUGUAUUUUCCAUUAUCUUGUAGCAAAGGCCGCCUGCACUUUAGAGCCAUUCUUGGUCUUGCACAAUCAAUGGCAUGCCAGGUUGGUAUCUGCUGAGGAGACUGUAUUUUCUUCUGUUUAUCAGCCAGUACAAUUUCUAAUUAGCUUCAAUGAGGUUUUAAAAUGCAUGAUGGGAAAAAGGUUUUGCAACAGUUGCUGGGUUUGCCGCUUCUUUUUUGGAAACAUUUUGUAACUUAUCACUGUCAAUAUCUGUGUAACUCUUGUUUUUAAUAUUAAUUCUUGUAUAUUAUUGAGGAA